AUGCUAAGAAAGAUCCUGAAGAUCAGCGCUUAUAGCGUUCCGUUUGGUGUUGCUUACUACUAUAUUCAAAAUAACCAAAAGAAUGAUAUAAUUAUGCAUCAAAAAGUUACCUAGAUGUCUGAAGAAGAAUUUGAAUAGCUUUUUGAAAAUGUGGAAGGUCAGCCUGUAGAAGUAUUUAAGUAAGAAAACUAAUAUUAAGAAUUAGAGAAAUAACUAUCAAGAGAAUAGUCGCUAUUGUAGAAGAAAUCUCUUUAUAAAAUGUUAUAAGAAUCAAACAGCAUGUUAUCUAAGUUUGUCACAGAAGAGUAAAAUCAACUGAGAGAUUUCUUUGAGUAUGAAAAGAAUAGAGUCAUUCAAGAUGGUAAUGAGUUUGCAGAGCUUGCUAAGUAAGAGAAAGAAUAAGUAUAAGAAUUCUAUACUGACAAAAAGAAUAAUAUUUAGAAUGGAAUAAUCAAAAUUAAUUAAUUAGCAAAAGAAGAAAAAGAUUAAAUUCAAAACUUUUAUAAAAGUUAGAAGUAAAACUUGAGUGAAGGUAUUAAUAAAGUUAGCGAAUUUGUUGAAGAAGAAAAGAAAUAAAUCAAUUAAAUCUAUCAUGAAAGUUUAUAACAAGGCACAACCUAAAUUAAUAAAAUUGUUUAAGAUGAAAAGGCUCAUUUGAGUAAUUUAAUAAGUCAAGCAAAGUAGAAUCUUCAUCAAAUUGUAGAAUAAGAAAAAUAACUUGUAAAUAAAGGAAUAGAUACUGUAAAUUAAUUUAUUGAUUUAGAAAGAUAAUAAAUUAUUGGAUUAUACAAAACUGAGAAGUAAUUAAUCGCCAACAAAAUUAAUUAAUUGAUUUAGUUAGAAUAAGAUUUAGUUAAUAGCGUUAAGAAUAAUUAGAAAAACAAAAUUGAUAAAAGUGUGGAAAAGAUUACCAGCUUGAUUACCACUGAAAAGGAAAAAGUGAAAGAAUUUUAUAAUUAUGAGGUAGGAAUGUUGAACGAAGACAUCAAUAAGGUCAAUUAAAAAAUAAAUGAUGAAACAAGCUAGAUGAGAGAGUAUUACUAGAAUGAACUAGAAACUAUUUAGAAAGAAGUUGAUAAAUUGGGUUCCAUCUUUAAUAGUGAAAAAUAGGUAGCAACCUCUUUCUAUAAUGAUAAAGCUAGCUAAAUAAAUUAAGAAACUAGCAAAGUAAGCUAGUUUUUAUAAGAAGAAAAGCAACUAGUCAAAUCUUUCGCAGAGAAAGAAAAAGAGUAACUUAAGAAAGGUGUUGACAUAAUUAAUACUUUUGUCUCAAAAGAAAAAGAGUAGGUGAAGGAAGUUCUUUUAAGUAAAAAAUCAGUUAUAGACGAGAGUCUUUCAGUUGUAAACAAGCUUAUAGAGGAAGAAAAGUAGUACUUGAAAUCUAUUUAUGACUAAGAAAUGGAAAUGUUGAAGUCUAAGUUAGCUGAAAUCAAAAAAAUGAUAGACUAAGAAAGGAGUCAGCUUAACGAGUUUUAUUUGAGCGAGAAAGAGUAGUUUGAUAGAGACGUGAAAAAGAUAAAUAAUUUUGUUAGCAAAGAAUAAGAACAAGUUAGAAGUAUUUAUGAUCUAACUGUCAAUAAACUUUAAUAAACUUCUCAAGAAGUCAACUAAUUUUUAAUUGAUGAAAAGAAUUUCGUUAAAGGUUUUUACGAUUACCAAAUGGAUCAAAUAAAAGACAGUAAUAAAAAAUUGAAUUAGGAUACUGAUUUGAGUAUAAUUACUUAGAUAAAUUGCAUGAUAAAAGAGGAGAUAACCAAGUUAAUCAAAGAAGAGUCUGAAAGGAUCAAGAAAGAUUCAAAUAUAGUAAUGAAUAACUAUAUUGAAUCGAGAAAGCAUGCGUCUGAGUUUAUAGAAAAUCAGUAUAAGAAAGUUAUAAAUAGUGGCCCUGAAGACAGUAAGCUAAGAUAACUAGAAAGAAUGAUUUAUGAAGACAUCGUCAAACAAGCAAACUAGGUGUAUAAUGUUAUUAAAAAUGCUGAAUUGGGUUUCACAGAAUUCUCUUAAUAUGAUAAAAUAAAAGAUAGCUAAGCUGAUUCAAAAUAAGAAAAACAUUUCACAGAAUACGAAAGUGAACUCAUAAAGAACGACAAAUAGAAAGUAUUAGAUUAUUAUUAAAGUAAAUCAAAAUAAAUGGCAAAAGAAAUAAUAGAAUAGAAAAAAAUGCAAAGUGAAUAACAUAAAAUGGACGAUCAAUCCAUGCAGUAGAUUAACAAGAUUAUUGGUUAAGUCUUAGGCAACUACUUCUAAGUAAUUUAAAAAAAUAAAGAUUUAGAAAUCAAAAAAUAAGUCUAAUCAUCAGAAUUCACUAAGCAGUUUGACUAAAAUGCUGAAUGA